UAGUUUUAGAAUUUAUGGAUUGAACCAUCUUUUUUCUAUUGAUAAUUGAUUAUAAUUAACUUCUCAAAUUAUGUAUACAGUAUUGUAUAUACAGUACAGUAUAUUGUUUGGAUAGAAUGUAAAACAUUUGUAAGAAUUGCCUUAAUUUUUUUUAUUCGACUCUUUCUGUAUAUUUACCUAUCAGGUGCCAUUGAAUCAGUAUUUCUUAUUUUUACAUCAUGACAACUCAAUCUAGCACAGCAAAAACACUGUCUAAAAUUCAACAGCAGAAGACAAUUAAGGGAGUUCAGAAACCUCGGAAAAAUGUUGUGAAAAAUACACUGGAAAGCCCAUUUGCUCUUGACUGGCCAGUUGUUAGUGCUGAGAAUAUAGGAGAAAUUAUCUCUCUCCUGGAAAAGAGUUGCAGUGGACUGAAGAAAGUCACCUGUAAACCACCAUGGAAGGAAGUGGCUAAAUAUAAAGGUGCUGGGAGGAAAGCUUUUCUAGAAAAGUAUCGACAGAAUUUUCAAGAAAACUUGGAUCCUGAGGUUCUUAACCAAAAUAGAGAGAGAGAAAAAUCAGUGUCUCACUUGAUAUUUGGUUAUAAUGCUGUUAUGAGAGCUCUAGAAAAAGAUAAUGUAGUUGGGAUUUUGGUGAAAAAGAAUGUAGAGCCUUUGUUUUUAGUGAAGACAUUCCUCCCCGGUUGUGCCAAUAAAAGUAUUCCUCUAAUUCCAUUAGACGACCUUGACAGUAUUUUGAAAAAUGAAAAAACCUUGGCACUAUCACAUGCAUGUAUGGUACUUGGGCUGAAACCUUCUGUCAAGGAUAAGAGUAAUAGAUUUCAUUCAUUGUUUGCCAAGAUGUGUGAAGCUGUUCAGGUAGACACAAAAAAUGAUUCAGAUGAAGAUCUUGAAGAAAAUAUGGACUGCAGCAUGAAGGAUCCCAUUAUUGACGAUAAAGAGAAGAAUAAUACCUGCACAUCCAGUUGUUACCUAACUCAAGAACAAAUCAAGUCUUAUCACUUGAAACGAGCUGAUAAUAGCAAACGAGCAUUUGUUCCUGGAGGAAGUCAAGAACAGAUCAUUGAUGCUUUGGGCUUUGGAUCAGAUUUUAUAGAAUUCAGAUCUACUGAUAUGGAUGUCCCUUUCAACACAAACAAAUUACAGCUGUUUGAUAGAAAAACCACCAAAAGAUCUAAAGUGGAAAAUAAAAAAUCUGCCAAAGCACCAAAAAUAGAACCAAAAGAUGCUGAGCAACAAGAGGUGUGUUGUAGUGACCCAGAGGCCAUGGACAUCAACAGUAUGUUUUUCAUUGAUGACACGGGACAUGAAGAAGAACCACAUGUGAAAGAAGAGACUAUGAAGAAGGAAGAUAACACUGUAGACUUAGUAAAUACUGACAAUAUGAAAAACAAUGUGGAAAAAAAGAAGUCAAGUGGCCUUCCAUAUAUGUCAGCUAAAACCAAGAGGGUGAAAAACAACCCCAAUAGAAAGAGAAAAGAUUAGAAAUUUUAUAUAAAAGAAACUCAUUUUAAUUUUACCUAAAGUUGAAGAGUGCAGCAGCAAUUGGGUUAGUAAUUUGAUGUUUUAAUUAUUUAAACUUAAAUAUUUAAGUUGUACAGUACUGAAUUUAUGAGAAUUAUUGUUCUUGCUUAAAAGAUGGCCAUAUGUAGUCUAUUCUCUCAUAAGUCCAGUCACUAACAAUGUCCGUAUGUCAAGUAGUAGAGGCUGCAUUUGCACAUGGAACAACUCGUAAAGAAUUAUAUAUGCUGUGGCUUGGUUAUCAUAUAGCUGAAACAUUGUUACUUGCUUGCACUGGAGAACUGUGAAAAAGAUGAGGGUUGCUUUAACAAAUGCUGUAUGCAUAUAGUAUAGUAUAAUGUGAGGGAGAGACCAUGUGAAGCUUCAGAUAGUGUGAAUGUGGCUAACAAAAAAGUCCAAGGGCUUUUUAUCCAUCUUUUUACACCUUUGAUACUAAAUGUCCUCUGGGAAUAUUGCUUGAGAAAAUGGCCAUCAUUCAAGAACCUCAAACCUUCUUGGGACUUUUAUUUCAUGUGUGGAUUUAUGAAGAGAAUAGAAGAAACGAGGAUGGUGGAGAAUUGAUCAUAGGCUACUUUAGUGUAUGUUGGUCAAAAUUUUCACUGUCAUUUAUGAUGAAUUGUUAAGUCAUCUGAAUGGUCUGAUACAACAAUACAUUGUGGUCAAUAAACUAUUGUAUAAGCUGUCAGGUUUAAACAUUGCCUAAGAAAAUAGUCGUCAGUGGGACAAGGUGCGUUCAAUUUAGUUUUCCCAUUUCGUUUUAUAAUGGAUGCCUUUGUGGAAUUAGGGGAAGGUUAGAAUGAAUUUUGCUGAAAACUAACAUUGGAAAAAUAGUAGAAAUUAGUUAUCACACUGGCAAUUUUAUUAAUAAUUUAUCUUCACAGUAUUUAUGAAUGAUAGCACCGACACUUGUUAUUUUCUUCAAAUGUUCCAGUUAGUAGUUAGGUCACACAAUGCCUUUCAUUUAAAAUUCUAAAGUAAUAGUUAUUAAGCUAAUGCAAUAUUGAAUUUCUUUGAUAUUUUGUAGCUUUAACAAAUAAAUUUAUCAUGAUUCUUGAAGCACA